AAUUCAAUUAAAUUUCUCCCUUUUUUCCUGAAAAACUAAAUUAAUAAGUUGAACAAAUCCAGAGAUUUUGUUGAACUUGAACCACAUAUCAUUCCCCUUUUCACUCUCUUUAUACACGUUACAAUCGCAGCCGACAACAAUGUCCUGACCCUUGACAAAGUUAGGGUGUCUUAAAUUCACAAAUCACUCCAAUCUUUUACUUAACAAUUGUUUAAUCAUUUCUCCACCACUACACUCAACUUGUUCAGUGAAGUUGGUACACAAAUCUCACUCACUCAGAGAAGUCCCUCUUUUGGAGAAGAAGCAGAACCAAGAUGGGCUCUGUUUCUCUGAAGAUUGGUGAUGGAACAGCCAGAUUCAAAAGAGCAACGCUAUGUUCAUCAGCUGUCAAUCUUCUCAUGCUCUUCUCUGUCAUCACGACUAAUCUCUUCGCUCUCUACGCCUUCACAUCCUCGCCAAAGGACCAACAAACCUACCAUCUCCUUCACCACACCCAGAAGAACAUCUCUCUCAUCUCAGAGCAGGUAUCUCUGAUCCUCAGAGAGAUCGAUUCCUCACAAAAGAAACUAGCUCAGAUGGAAAAGGAGCUCCUUGGCUACGAAAGCAUCGAUCUUUCGAGAUCCAGUGUUGCACACGAGCUCAAACUCUUCCUUCAGCAUCACCAGCUCCCUCUAGGCAAAGAUUCGAGAACUGGGAUCACUGAAAUGGUGGCUUCCGUGGGACAUUCCUGCGGGAAAUCUGCGGACUUGUUGUCUCAGUACAUGAAUUACAAGGUAUCCGGGCCUUGCCCUGACGAUUGGAGUCUUGCCCAGAAGCUGAUUUUGCGUGGAUGUGAGCCUUUGCCCAGAAGGAGGUGCUUUGCCAAGACUCUUCCCAAGGUGGGUCUAAACCCUUUUCCCAUUUCACUUUGGAAACCUGUUAGUGAUAAGAUCGUUACUUGGAGUGGUCUUGGGUGUAAGAGUUUUGAGUGCUUGAAUAGUAAGAAAUUGAGUAGAGACUGUGUUGGCUGCUUUGAUUUGGUUAAUGGGUUUGAGAAUCAGAGAUUUGUUAAGGCUAGAGGCAAGAAUGAUUUCCUUAUUGAUGAUGUUUUAGCUCUAGGAAGUGGAGGAAUCAGAAUAGGGUUUGAUAUUGGAGGUGGGUCUGGUACUUUUGCUGCUAGAAUGGCAGAGAGGAACAUGACUGUGAUCACUAACACUUUGAACAUUGAUGCCCCAUUUAGCGAAUUCAUAGCUGCAAGGGGGCUUUUCCCUCUCUUUUUGAGUUUAGAUCAUAGAUUUCCUUUCUACGAUAAUGUGUUCGAUUUGGUACAUGCGGCCAGUGGAUUGGAUGUUGGUGCCAAACCUGAAAAAUUCGAGUUUGUAAUGUUUGACAUAGACCGAAUUCUGAGGCCUGGAGGUUUGUUUUGGUUAGACAACUUUUAUUGCCCCAAUGAGGAAAAGAAAAGGGAUUUAACCAGGUUGAUCGAGCGGUUUGGAUAUAAAAAGCUGAAAUGGGUUGUUGGGGAUAAGGUAGAUGCAGCAGGGUCAGGAAAGUCUGAAGUUUAUUUGUCUGCCGUUCUGCAAAAACCAGUUAGAGUAUCAUGAUCGGGUACUUGAUGCUCUAUCUAGCUUCUUCUGCACAAAAUUUGUGUGGCUUCAUUGCUUUUAAACAUCCUCGUGAAAUUUCUUCCUCGUCGCAAUAAGGGCAUCAUCAAUUGCUAAUUUUCCCUACUGCAAGCUGGGGGUAGAAUCUGUUCUGUAAUUUAAAAGCUAUUUUAUUUCUUGAUUUGUACUUUAGGGGAUAUUAGUUGUUCUGUUCUCUGGACAAUGAAUUGUUAGGGAAUGAAAGAAUCAUAGUGUAUUCUUGAAUGUAUUUAGGGUUUAGGGUUUAGCAUUCAAAUAUGCAUGCCCUUCUCAGACCCAAGUUAGUUAGCAUGGUCUGGGUUUUCCCCCAAGAACUUGAAGAAUCAGUUAUCAAAUAUCUUUGUGCUGGUAA